GCAAAAUUUCUAAAUUGCUUCUGGCAAUGGAAAGGGGGACUUUGGCAAAUCUGCAAGGCAAAACACUGGAGGAGAUUGAAAUUGAAGAUGAGUUGGAACUGACUGACACUGAAAGUGGACAAAGUGAGGUUGAUUGUGACCCAUCCCCACUUGUAAAUGAUACUCAAUGCUCUACAAAUCAAGAAUCUAAUGAAUCUUCUGGUGAUGGUUUAGGAGAAGAGACAUCACAAGGGAGAACAUCCUCUAUGCCAUCUGCUGAGAAGCCUUCAGGCACAGCAAAAUAUAUGACUACCUUAACAACCCUCACCCCACCUCACGGAUGCAGAAAACCUCAAUCUCCUGUUGAAUUACCUGGGACCUCUUCUGGAAAGGGAACGGAGAUUAUUGCACCACCAACUGAAAAACCCCCAGAACCACAAGAUGAUUAUCCUGAAAAGGACCAUCCUCAGAGAAAUCAAAAACGGCCCUGGUCUCCUACAGAAAUUGCAGCGGUGUUGAAACAUUUUCAGAAACACAUUGACACUGGGAAGCUGGCAAGUUUUGUUGAAAUUCAACAGUGUCAACAGGCAGAACAUCCUGCUUUAAUAAAUCGCUCACUUCGGAACAUAAGAGACUUUGUUAGAAAUCGUGGUGUGUCCAAAAAGAAAAAAGAAAAAGCUAAAAAGUCAGAUAAAUCUUGAGCCAAGAUGCUCUAAACAAAACCUUAAGAACUUUCAAGCAUGCUUUUGUUUAAAAAAAUAAAAACCCAGAAAUUCAACUCUUAGGUGAGUAUAAACGGCUCAUUAUAUUAGAGAUUAUGUGCUGUUAAAAGUAACAUUUAAAGGAGAAGGUGUUUUGUUUUUAAGCUUCACCUUUUUUUGGUUUUGUUUGCUUGUUUAUUUUUGGAGUUGUUUUCUAUAAUGUGCUCUGAUUUCUAAGUUGGU